AUGGGGUCACAGCCAGCAGUGCUGAUAUUGAUGAUGGCAGUAGUAGUGGGGAUGUGGUUCCUGAGAAUCAAACCCAGGCCAGUAUACAUGCCUGUCAGUGUUUUACCACUUGAACUGCCUAAGGACAGGAAGCUAAAGUUAAUGGAGAGAGACACAAAAGCGACUCUAGGGUCCCAGUGGCUUUUGGUAGAAGUUCAUCCGGACUUUGCAUUAGGCCACCGUCACCGGGUCACGGAGGGAGUUCCGGUCUUGGAACUCUUCUCCAACAUCUGGGGGGCUGGCACCAAGACUGCCCAGAUGUGGUAUCAGCAGGGCUUCCGGAGCUUAGAUGACAUCCGCGACCAGGUGCCGCUGACCACCCAGCAAGCCAUUGGCCUGAAGCACUAUGACGACUUCCUAGAGCGCAUGCCCAGGGAGGAGGCUGCAGAAAUUGAACAGACGGUCCGGGAAUCCGCUCAGGCCUUGAGCCCCGGGCUGCUGUGUGUGGCGUGUGGCUCAUACAGACGGGGGAAGGCAAGCUGUGGGGACGUGGAUGUGCUGGUCACUCACCCUGAUGGUCCCUCUCAUCAAGGCAUCCUCAGUCGUCUCCUUGAGAACCUUCGGCAGCAAGGGUUCCUGACCGAUGACCUGGUGAGCCAGGAGGAGAACGGCCAGCAGCAGAAGUACCUGGGCGUGUGCCGGCUGCCAGGGCCAGGGCGGAGGCACCGGCGGCUGGACAUCAUCACAGUCCCCUACGGCGAGUUUGCCUGCGCGUUGCUCUACUUCACGGGCUCGGCGCUACUGUGCUACAGCAGCAAAAAGUUUUAG